UCGACGCUCACGCCCAGCGACGACCAAGGAUCAAUCGUGAGGUCAACUCCAAUCUUUUCAUACUCAAAAGACAUCCAACUGCAAUGGCUGACGAUGCGGGAGGAAAAGGAAAAGCAUGGCCCCUUGCUGAUCCCGAAUUGACGAACUCUAUUCUUGACCUGGUUCAGCAGGCCACCGACUACAAGCAGCUUAAGAAAGGUGCCAAUGAAGCGACGAAAACUCUGAAUCGGGGAAUUUCUGAGUUCAUUGUGUUGACGGCUGACACAGAGCCCUUGGAGAUUUUGCUCCAUCUUCCACUCUUGUGUGAAGAAAAGAAUGUCCCGUAUGUGUUUGUCCCGUCAAAGGCAGCCCUAGGACGUGCUUGCGGGGUCACUAGGCCGGUCAUUGCUGUUAGCGUCCUCAGAAAUGAGCAGAGGGAACUGGUCAGCCAGAUAGAGACCAUUAAAUUUGAUAUCGAAAAGCUUUUGGUGUAG